GCUAAAAACAUUAUAUAGUAACAAAGAAAUGGGCAUUAUUUCACGUAUGCAAAUGGCACCAUAGCGUAUGACGGGUUACAAGAUUCUUUGAGCAACCUUAAAUUUGCAGCUAAAGAGCAGUUUAAAAAGCUCAAGAAAGAAAUUGAUAAGAUUAGAGGGCCUGAUUCUAUGGGUAAAAAGGGUUCAAGUUCUGAAUUGUUGGGAUUGAGUGGUAUGGACAAAUUGAUUGUUGUGGAUAGGGCACUUGAUGGUCUUAGAAAAAUUCUGGAGUCUAUAUACUCACAAACAGAAGAUAUGGUUUGCUUGUCUAAGUCAUUGCUUCUUGACUGGCAGCAAGAGAGAGAAUUUCAAGCAGAAAUUGAAGAAAUGUUGAUCAAGAAUUAUCUUCAGAGUCUCCAAGAAGAGUUUGAGCAGAGACUGUGGGAUCAAAAUGCUCAAUCUUAUGGUAUUGAAAGCACAAAACAGAUUGAAAAGAUCAAAGAGAUUUCAAAGUUACUUUUGGAAUUAGAUAUCAUAUCCAAAUCGUUAUCUGUUCCUGAAAGUGGGCAUUUAAUUUCACACGGAUCCUUGGAGCACCGAAAGGUUUCCGGUAGUCAUGCUUCAUCACCUUCACUUUGGGAGGGAAAUGGCAAACAUGACGAGUCAGUUAUUGUUGUUCCAGAAAAUUUGGAUCAUUCACAACUAGAGCUCUUGUCGAAGGAUGAAUUGUUUAAUCAUUUAAAGGCUGAGAUGACUAAAAUGAAGAGACAUUAUGAGUUAAAAGAGCAUGAAAUGACUGAAAAUUAUUUCAGUCUCAAGAGGGAGUACUUGAAGUUGAAGGAAAGGCCUUCUUCUUUGCCUGUGGUGAAGGAUAAGGAGUUUGAUACAUGGAGGGAAAAGAUCUUAGAGAUCAUUCUAAAAUUGGAUGGCAUCCUUAUGGAAAAUGAGAAACUGCCUUCAUUUAGUAACAACGGAGAUUGUCUUGACAAUUUGAAGGAUAGAUUGGAAUCUCUUUGCUCAGAAAAUCACCAACUAAAGGACUUGCUCAUGGAUAAGAAAAAGGAAAUAAAAUGCCUUUCCUCACAUGUUUCUGAUGCUGCAGAGGUGAUCUUUGAGUUGAGAGAACAGGUUGAGACAGUAACAAAAAAGUUAGGAGAAGUUAAUGAGAAAAAAUCUAUGCUUCUUUCUAUUUCCCAAAAGCACCAGAAUAGUUUAUCAUCGGUUGAAGCUAGAGAAAGAGAACAGAGGAAGCAAAUAAAGUCUACCAUUGUUCUUGUUCAAGGAUUGUCAGAAGCAGUUACUAAUUUUGAAUGCAGGGCAACAGAAUAUAUUAAAAUAAAUAGCUUGAGGUUGGAAGAAUUGUGCUCUCAAUCGAAUUCUCUCAUUCAGAAAGCUAACGCACUUAAAAGGGAGGAGUUUCUGUACAAGCAGAGGCUUGAAAGGAGGUGUUCUGACCUUCAAAAGGCUGAAGCUGAGAUUAUGGAAAUUCUAAAGCUGUUUAGAAGAGAAUUAAGUGGAGAAUCUGUUUAACCUGUUUGAUCUGUUUGUUUGACAAG